GCCAAGCCUUUUCUUGUGAACAACUGGAUGAGAGAGACAGGUGCAGCUCUGACAGAAGUCUAAACUCGGGGGACCAUGGCCUUCAAGGAUCUAACAUCAAGAGCUGUAAUCUUUUAUGAUGAAUUGAUUAAAGAUGCAGAUCCUCGAGUGGAAGAUUGGCCACUCAUGUCUUCGCCAAUCCUACAAACUGUUAUCAUUGGGGCCUAUAUUUAUUUUGUUACAUCACUGGGUCCAAGGCUCAUGGAGAACAGAAAACCGUUUGUCUUGAAAGAGCUAAUGGCACUUUAUAACUUUGUUAUGGUUGCCUUCUCCUUGUACAUGUGCUAUGAAUUCCUUAUGUCUGGCUGGGCUACAGGUUACUCAUUUCGGUGUGACAUUGUUGACUAUUCUAGGUCACCUCAAGCUGUAAGGAUGGCAUGGACAUGUUGGCUGUUCUAUUUCUCAAAGUUCAUUGAAUUAUUAGACACUAUAUUUUUUGUAUUGCGCAAAAAGAAUAGUCAAAUUACGUUUUUGCACGUGUUUCAUCACUCAAUCAUGCCAUGGACCUGGUGGUUUGGAAUAAAGUUUGCAGCAGGUGGACUGGGCACAUUCCAUGCAUUGGUGAACAGUACCGUUCAUGUGAUAAUGUACACGUAUUAUGGGUUGUCUGCAAUGGGGCCAGCAUACCAGAAAUACCUGUGGUGGAAAAAGUACAUGACCUCUAUACAACUUACGCAGUUCCUGAUGGUCACAUUUCACAUCAGUCAGUUCUUUUUUAUGAAGGACUGUCCAUACCAAUUUCCAAUUUUUCUGUAUGUAAUAUGGCUGUAUGGAUUAAUUUUCCUGGUCCUCUUCCUCAAUUUUUGGUUCCAUGCUUAUGUCAAAGGACAAAGAUUACCAAAAGCAGUUCAAAAUGGAGACCUCAAGAAGAAACCUCAUUGACCUCAGCAAAAGAAAGUCCUUGCAGUACCAAACAUAUGAACUUGAUAAACAAGAAUACACAUGCUAGCAAUAAACUGGAACUUUUUUUUUUUUUACAUUUGUUUUCCCUUGACAAUGGGAAUAAACAACUGAGAACCUAGAUCUCUACUAUAAAUUAUUUGGGAUUGUAUGCUGAUAAUGUAAGGAUUUUUUUCUCUCCACAAAUGUACAUAUAUUUAAUUGGAAGAAAAUGUUUGUAUAUCACAUGUAAACGCUGAAUGGCAAUCAAGGUGUGCAUGAAAAGUACUCUUAGUUUGACCUCCUUUAUCUGCUAUGCAACAAUUGUUCUGAUGAUUGAACUACUGAGGAAUUAUGUUUAAUACUGACUCCAAUCUACCAAGAAUGACUGUCUUCUUCUAGGACACGACAUGUUUUUUUGUAAUGAUGUGACCUUUUGCCUUUGAUACAAUGAAGCACAAUGAAUACAAAUCGGUAUUAAACUCCUGAUUUUGUGCCAAAUUAAAAAAGAAAAAAAAAACAUGCAAAAAAAACGU